UGCUCUUCACGUAGUUGCGUAUUCUAUGCAUCGCGAAUUUUCCGAGUGUACUUUUUUUAGAAUCAAUUUGUCAUAUAUUUCACUUGGCUUGUGUGUUACGUUUCGCUAAUUUUGUGACUGCGUCGAACGCAGAUUAAUUCCAUUAAAAUGUUUAAUCAAAUAUUGCGACCGGUUGUUCGCAACGUGGCCAAAAUUGGUACUCGUUCUGCGAGCUCACAAGUGGUGGAUAUUAAAUGGCCAACAGUAAAUGAUCUACCAGUACCACAAGGCUCAUGGCAAGAGCACUAUAAUUCAAGACAAAUUUACAAUACCCAAUUAAUUGCUGGACUUACUGUACUGAUUGGUACCAUAGCUUUUGUAAAAGUAUCAGGCAUUAUCUUCUUUAACUUUUCCCCACCUGAGGAACCUGCUGAACAGAAAUAAAUAUUCACACAAAGUAUUAGAUGAUUAAACUAGAUAUAAAAGCAAUCUGGCUACAUGCAACUGUUGAGAAUGUUAUAUGCUUUAUUGUGUGAAUGUAACAUGCAAUAAUUGUAUUCUCCUCAAUAAAUAGUUCAUAUUUAUAA